AAUAUGGUAAAUAUUUAGGUUAUUUGUUCCGCUCAUACUCAUGUCACUGAAACUGGUGUUAUAGGGCACAAUUUAUUUGUACAUGAAAAAAACAUACUCACCAGUUCAAAUGUGGAGUAGUUUUUUUUAACUUAAGUGCCUGUGACAAACAAGGAGACAGACGGAAAGGUAGAAAUGAUGAAUCAUAAAGUUUAACCUUUAUUGUCAGGCGGCUACAACCUACAAUAAAAUAAAACUACAAAAUAACAACAACGAAUAAUGUAACAUUAUUAAAUAGGUAAUUAUGAAUUAACACAAUUCCAACCAAAUCGUCCAAAAUGAAUCGGCCCUAAUUCUUACGCACAAAAUUACAGUAAAUCGUUCAGUUAACAUUUAAUACAAUAAUAGUUUGAAAUCCUCUUGCAGAGUUUAACAAUGUUAAUUAGACAACUGUUUAUAACAACCAUAAACGGUUGAUUGAAACAGUAUUGUUUCGAUCGUGAAUCAAUAUGGACAGGAUCACGUUUUCGGUGAAUGGGGACAAGUGUUCUGUUGGUCACGAGGUGGACUCGGACACUUCCCUGAACGACUACAUUCGGAACCACCUGAACCUGCGCGGCACUAAGUACAUGUGCAAGGAGGGUGGCUGCGGAGCUUGUAUCGUGGCCGUCACCGUCUGCGACCCCCAUCGCAGAACCUUCUCCGUCAAUUCUUGCCUCGUAUCAGUGACGUCAUGCCAAGACUGGGAGAUAACUACGAUAGAAGGCAUCGGCAACCGAGCACGCGGCUACCACCCCGUGCAGAAGACGCUGGCCGAGUACAACGGCACCCAGUGCGGGUACUGCAGCCCCGGCUUUGUCAUGAGCAUGUACAGUCUUCUAGAAGCAAAUAAGUACGAUCUAACGCAAUACGAAAUAGAAAAUUCUUUUGGAAGCAACACGUGCAGAUGUACUGGAAGCAGACCGAUUUUGGACGCCUUUAAAAGUUUCGCAAAAGAUGCGCCUAAACCACCUCCUAAACUGGAAGAUAUUGAAGACCUGCAUAUAUGCAAGAAAGAAGAUUGUCAAAACUGUGAAGAUAAGUGGUGUAUGGUCAAUAUGGCCAAUAAUGAACCCCCACAUGUAAAGAAGAUACCUUUGAAAGAUGGACAUGUGUGGUACAGAGUCAAUGAAAUUAGUGAAAUAUUUGAUGUUUUGGAUAAAGAAGGUUAUGAAUCUUACAUGUUGGUUAAUGGUAAUACCGGAAGAGGUGCGGUACCAGUUUUAGUCUUCCCAAGAGUUCUGAUCGAUAUUAAGCCAAUCAAAGAUCUCAAAGGACAUUACUUAGACCAAAACUUGGUAGUCGGUGCUGGUAUAACGCUGACUGACCUCAUGCAACUAUUCAAGGAAGUGUCGACACAACGCGAAGAAUUUCAUUAUCUGAUGAAACUUUAUGAACAUUUAGACUUGGUCGCUCAUAUACCUGUUAGAAAUAUUGGAACAGUUGCUGGAAAUUUGAUGACGAAACAUCGUCAUCCAAAGUUCUCAUCGGACAUUUUCCUUUUGCUUGAAACUAUUAGAGCCACGUUGAUAAUAGUUCACAAAGGUACAUCAAUUGAGGUGACACCAGAACAAUUUCUCUCGCUGGAUAUGACUGGCCGAGUAAUCGUUCAUGUGAAGAUACCACCACUGUCACCGCGUUAUCAGUUUGUGUCUUUUAAGGUCAUGUCUCGUGCUCAAAAUGCGCACGCGCAAGUCAACGCGGCGUUUUUGUACGAGUUCGAUGACCACAACAAAGACAUCGUUCUGUCAGCUAGAAUAGUCAUGGGUGGCCUUUCAGGGAAAUUUGUUCACGCCAGAGAAACAGAAGAGUUUCUCUGUAAGAAGAAAAUAUUCACUAAUCAGGUGCUGCAACAAGCUCUCAGGAUCUUAGAAGGUGAAUUGAUAGUCGAAGAUAUAGCGGGUGAGAUGAAGCCUGAAUAUAGGAAGAAAUGCGCUCUUGGCUUAUUUUAUAAGGGCUUACUCGUACUGAUACCGAAACAGAAACUGAAACCUUGGUAUCGUUCUGGAGCCAGGGACUUAAGGAAAACAAGACCCUUAUCUAAAGGAUCCCAAGUAUAUGACACCAAUCCGAUUACAUGGCCAGUUAAUGAACCCAUGCCGAAAGUAGAAGCGCUAAUACAAUGUGCCGGCGAAGCGUUUUAUUCAAAUGAUUUGGUCACACAACCUAAAGAAGUGUUCUGCGCUUUUGUGACGUCAGAUAUCUGUACUGGAGAAAUCGAAAGCAUUGAUCCCGCCCCGGCUUUGAAAAUUCCAGGUGUUUUGGCGUUUUUCUCGGCUAAGGACAUUCCUGGCAAAAACUCUUUUCUAUCCCAAAGGGUUCCUGGGCAAAUGUUUCCCGAAGAAGUAUUUGCCGAAAAAUCCAUAAAGUACUAUGACCAGCCUAUUGGACUGAUUGUUGCUCAAACUGAAAAACUGGCAAACAGAGCAGCUUUACUUGUAAAAGUUAAUUAUAGAGUAGAUAAAAAGAAGCCUAUUUUAACUAUCAAUGACGCUAGGGAGAAAGAUCCGAGUCGUGUUAGCCUCUACCUUGUGUUUCCUGCAAGAGACCGAGGUCUUAAUGUCCAAAGGGUAAUGAAAGGAUCUGAUGAUAUCUACGCUCAGUAUCAUUAUACCAUGGAGACUCAAACGACUGUCACGCGACCAAGUGAAGAAGGAAUCCAUGUGAUUGCAGCUACUCAGUGGCUGGAUAGUACACAAGUAGGAAUCUCAGAAGCAUUGAAAAUUGAGCAGAAUAGAAUUAACUUGGUUGCACCUCGAUGUGGUGGUGCAUAUGGAGCUAAAAUAAACCGCGUCAACCAUGUAGCUAUUGCUUCUGCAUUAGUAACUCAUCUGAUGGAUCGACCCUGCCGGUUUGUAAUGAGCAUUCAAGCCAACUUAAGAGUAGUUGGCAAGCGACUUCCCUGUACUCGAGACUUUGAAGUUGGUAUAAGCGAGUCCGGUGAAAUCCAGUACCUGGAGUAUCAUCUGUAUGAAGACAAUGGCUACAUCUUCAGUGAUCCUGUGUCUAAUCUAGUUCUGACUGCUAUCAAGAACUGCUACGACAACAGGCGUUGGCAAUACAAGAUAUUCAAUGUAACAACAGAUACAGCUUCUAACACCUACAAAAGAGCGCCAGGAACACUGGAGGCAAUAUCGAUGACGGAACAAAUAAUGGAACGGAUAUCAUAUGAGUUAGACCGUGAUCCUAUUGAAAUUAGGCAGAACAACAUCCAACCAGCAUACACUGAAGUUAUAGAGAUGAUACAAACACUGCGCCGAGACGGGGAAUAUGAGAAACGGAAACAAGAAGUACAACAAUUCAAUAAACUUAAUAGAUGGAAGAAACGUGGACUCAGAGUAGCUUUCAUGAGCUGGCCUGUACCAGUCGCUGUAGAUUACCACGUGCUACUCACGGUGUAUCAUGGAGACGCUACUGUUGUAGUUCAUCACGCGGGAGUCGACAUUGGUCAAGGCAUCAACACCAAAGUCAUACAAACUGUUGCUUAUACCUUAAAAAUUCCUAUUGAGAAGGUAAGGUGUUCAGUUCCUACCUCUUCCACGACUCCUAAUAGUUAUGCGGUUGGGGGCAGUAGGACUACACAGGCGGUUUGUUUUGGAGUGAUCAAGUGUUGCCAAAUAAUAUUGGAUCGUCUUUCUGCUGUAAGAGACACUCUGAAUGACCCUACAUGGGAGUUGCUAGUUGAAACUGCAUUCAACAGAGGGAUUAAUUUACAGUGCAGUUACCGUGUGACUUCUAAUGAUCAAGUGCCUUAUAGAUGUGGUGGUGUAGCCCUAGCUGAGGUAGAACUCGAUAUAUUGACCGGUGAACACGAUGUCACAAGAGUAGAUAUUGUAGAAGACGUUGGUACGAGUAUAAACCCUGAGCUGGAUAUCGGUCAGAUUGAGGGGGCAUUCGUGAUGGGCCUCGGUUACUGGACCCACGAGGAACUGAUCUACGAUAAGAAGACUGGUGAGCUGCUGACAGACCGCACUUGGUACUACAAGGUGCCUCUCACUAAAGAUAUACCGAUUGACUUUAGAAUACAACUCAGAAGAAACUCUUACAACCCGGUGGGAACAUUGGGUGCCAGAGCUGUUGCCGAGCCUCCGACGUGUCUAUCUAUAUGUGUGGCAUUCGCACUAAGAGAGGCAAUCGCGUCGUCACGUGAAGACUCUGGGUAUCCGAAAAACAAAUGGUUUAAAGUAGAUGGUCCAUUCACACUGCAAGCCAACGUUUUAUCAGCUGAUGCAAAAAUAUCAGAAUUUUUGUUAGAUUAAUUAUUUUUCGCUUUUGGGGUUCCACAGUUUUAAAAUGUACUGUUUUUUUUUUUUCAAAUAUCAAUUUGCUUUCAUUAUUUAUUUACCAUUAUUUAUUAUAUGGUUUAAUAGUUUUAUUAAACCAUAGUUCAUGAUGCAAUUGAAAUAAGAGGAGGAGAUAAGUAGGAGUUUGCCCAAUAAACAAUCUAAUAGGAGAAGAGAGUGAUAAGUCAUAAAAUAAAACACAAAAAAAUGUAGGUUAGUAUAAAAAAACUUUUUUAGAUAAGUGUAUGUA